UCGAUACUAAUUUAUUAUGUUAUUAGAUUUAAAAUUAAAAAGGCAAGUUAGUUCGGAACAACUCGACGCAUUGGUGCAGUUUCUAAAGGAAUACCCGGAGCUAGCGAAGGGUUUGACCAGAGGUCGGCGCGGAAAACUGAACACGUUUAAGUUAUGGAAUUUGUGCGCUAAAAAACUUAACGUGCUUAAAGAUGGCGCUACAAAAGAUGGAAAGAUGUGGUCAAAGUAUUGGUGUGAUUUGAAGUAUAGAGUGCGUCGAAGAGCUCUGGAGCUAAGAGCAGCCGAACAAAGCAACACUCUUCCAGAAAACACUACACCCUUAACAGCAUUAGAAGAAGAAAUUCUAAGCAUAAUCGGACAGGGUGCUUUAGACAGCAUUAUCAUAAGAACGGACCCUUUAGCAGAUGCAGAUAUGAAUAAUAUUGAGAAUAAUGUUGAAAAAAAUUCUGAAGCUAUAUAUUCAGAAACACAGACAAAGAUAAAGGCUGGUAAGAAAAGAUGUAACAUUUCAACUGAAAUUGAUGAUGUGGACAGCCAAGGGGUGAGCUCUUGUGACAAGAAACCUAAACUUACUUAUGAGGAUGAUCCAGGACGCGAUGAAGCAACGGAGUUUCUCUGUUUGGAAAGAGAAAAAUUAGAAUAUAUUAAGAAAUCAUCAGAAUCCUUAGAAUUAAUUGCACCAGCAAUAACGAGGCUAGUUGAUGUCAUGAGUCAUAUAAGAGAUGUAUUAAUUAAUAAUAGAAUAAAUAUGUAGCCACUAUUUUUAUAUGUAAAGAUAAAAAAUAUAAAAAUAAAACCUUCGGAUUCAGAGCCUGGUCUACCGCAUGACAGUAGGGAUACAGUGGUAACUGUACUAUCGAGGAUUUAUGUAUCGUAACUUGAAAUCAAGCAUCUAGAUUAGAUUUAUUCCGUUGAAAGCUUUGAAAAAAACUGACUAGCAUACUAUCUACACCGCUACUAGUUUAGAAGAAAAAAAAGAUUAAGAGGUUGGAGAAUUUUUAUCAAAAAUAUAAAAUAAAAACAAACAGUAUUUA